AUGGAGUUGACUGCAGCAGUUAUGGCAGCCCGUCUCACAGAUUCUAUAUUACGUGAGUUGAAUAUCAUGGAAGUUUGUUACUGGACAGACAGCCAGACUGUUCUUAAGUAUUUACAGAGUGAUACCAGAAGAUUUAAAAUGUUCGUAGCUAAUCGUGUUUCUACUUUAUUGGACUUGACCAAAGUUUCACAAUGGAGAUACGUCAGAACGGCUGACAACCCAGCCGAUGAAGCCUCUAGAGGCCAAGGUAUUGAUGAUUUCUUGCGAAAUAAGCGAUGGAUCAAUGGGCCUGAUUUUCUUGAUCAACAUGUUGAGCAGCACAUAAACCCACAGGAAUGUUUGGUUGAAAUUGAUGAGAAUGACCCAGAAGUCAGGAAGGUUUCCAAUGUGGUUGUAACCAAAAACCAGUGCUGUUUCCUAGACGGAUUGAUCUCCAGAUGCUCAAGCUUCAUGAAGCUGAGGAAUGUAGUGGGUCUAGUUUUAAAGUUUGUCAGAAGAGCAAGAAAGAAUCAAUCAAAGAGCAAUGAUGUUGAUCAAUUGGAGGCCGCAGAGAGGUUCAUUAUAGUUCAUGAACAACAGAAACAUUUUGCGGCGGAGUUAACUGCCUUGAAGAAUGGGGAGAAGAAAUCGAUAACGGCGGUAAUGAAAGCUAGUCCCUUGCGUAAGCUGGACCCUAUGCUGGUAGAUGGAGUUAUCGUAGUUGGGGGAAGACUGAGAAGAGCAGCCCUCCCAGAUAGAAUGAAGCAUCAGAUAAUAAUCCCCAAGAGAUCUGAAAUUGCUCCAUUAAUUGCCCUUCAAGCCCAUAAAAAUGUCGGACACAUGGGUCGAGCCGCUAUGUUAAUGUACAUGUGGGAGAAACACUGGAUUAUGGGGGCUGGUGCAUUAAUAAAAGGUGUUAUCAGUAAAUGCGUCAUCUGCCGAAAGUACCGUGCCAAGUCUGCAGAACAAAAGAUGGCCGCAUUGCCAAGUGAGCGUGUGCUCAGCGACAAUCCUGUCUUUUAUAACACCGGGCUGGACAUGUUUGGGCCAUUUCAGGUCAAGCAAGAUAGAAGUCAAGUAAAAAGAUAUGGACUUCUGUUCACAUGUUUAGCAACAAGGGCUAUACACCUAGAAAUUGUGCACACAGCCAAUGCAGACUCCUGCCUGAAUGCGAUACGGAGAUUUGUAUGCAGGAGAGGGUUAAUUUCCUCCAUCAGAACUGAUAACGGAACGAAUUUUGUGGCUGCAAGCAAUGAGUUAAGCAAAGCCGUGGAAACAUGGAACAGAAGUCAAAUCCCUCAAUGGCUGGCUCAACAUGGAAUUCGAUGGGAGUUCGACCCACCCGGUGCUACCCACUUCGGUGGCGUAUGGGAGCGCCUAAUUAGAGUUGUCCGCCAGGUUAUGAAUGGAGUUCUAAAAGAACAGCAUCUUCGACUUGAUGAUGAGGGUCUUUGUACCUUGUUUUGUGAGGUAGAUGUACCGUACUGUGUAAUCUAUGUUAAUUGUAAGUAA